AUGAACUGGACAGGGAAAGGUGCCAAGAGGACGGCAAGGUGCUGGCUGAAAGAGAAGGCUACCGUCAUCAUUACCAGAGAUGCAGCACCAGAGAAGGCUCCUGCAGCACCUGUGGAAGAAGCCGCAUCAGAACCCAUUGUUGAAGAAGUGAUCGAGGCCACAGAAGCAGAGGAAGUUUCUGCUCCCCUACCAGAGCCUGAGCCUGAGGUUGUGGAAGAACUUGAGGUGGUUGAGGAGGAAGAAGAGCCGGAGGUGGAUGAGCCUGAAAUCAUUGAGGAAGAGCCUGAGGUUCUGGAGGAGGAAGAAGAGCCGGAGGUGGAUGAGGAGGAAGAAGAGCCGGAGGUGGAUGAGCCUGAAAUCAUUGAGGAAGAGCCUGAGGUUCUGGAGAAGGAAGAAGAGCCGGAGGUGGAUGAGGAGGAAGAAGAGCCGGAGGUGGAUGAGCCUGAAAUCAUUGAGGAAGAUCCUGAGGUUCUGGAGGAGGAAGAAAAGGCUGCCCCUGUGGAAGAGGUCACCCCAGUCGAGGAGGAGAAGGUCGCCCCAGCCGAGGAGGAGGAGGCCGCCCCAGCCGAGGAGGAGGAGGCCGCCCCAGCCGAGGAGGAGGAGGCCGCCCCAGUCGAGGAGGAGGAGGAGGCCGCCCCAGCCGAGGAGGAGGAGGAGGCCGCCCCAGCCGAGGAGGAGGAGGCCGCCCCAGUCGAGGAGGAGGAGGAGGCCGCCCCAGCUGAAGAGGAGGAGGAGGCCGCCCCAGUCGAGGAGGAGGAGGAGGCCACCCCAGUCGAGGAGGAGGAGGAGGCCGCCCCAGUCGAGGAGGAGGAGGAGGCCGCCCCAGUCGAGGAGGAGGAGGAGGCCGCCCCAGUCAAGGAGAAGGAGGAGGCCGCCCCAGUCGUCAAGGAGGAGGCCGCCCCCGUUGAAAAGGUAGAGGAGGCCGCACCAGUUGAGGAGGAGGUUGCUGAAGAGGCUGCCCCGGUUGAAGAAGCGGAUUCUCCCACAGAAGAAGCUGUUGAGGAGGAGGCCGCACCUGAGGAAGAGGUCGCUGAGGAGGAAGUUGCUGCAUCAGUUGAGGAGGAAGUCGCUGUUGAGGAAGAGGCUUCACCCGCAGAAGAAGAGGCUGCCCCCGCAGAAGAAGAGGCUUCCCCCGCAGAAGAAGAGGCUGCACCAGUUGAGGAGGAGGCCGUGGAGGAGGAGGCGGAAGAGGCAGAGGAGGAGCCAGCAACAGAGGAGGAAGAGCUGGUAGAAGACGCAGCAGCAGAAGAUUCAGAACAAACAGAAGAAGCAGAAUCAGAAGCUGAGUCAGAAGAAACUCAACAGAAGGAAGGUCUUCAGGAAGAGUUUGCAGAGGAAGAAGCUGAAGUAGAUGAGCUAGAGGAGUUGAUAGAAGAGCUUUCCCAGGCAGAAGAACAGAUGGAAGAUGAGCCAACAGUGAGGUCAGUAUCUUCUUUCCAUAGAAACGUAGAGCCUGCAGUCUCAGCGCGGUAAGACUGAUUGAGGACCAGCCAACAUCGCAUCCCACUGAGCGCGUGCAGCCGCGCUUUCCCUCCAGAGAAUGAAAAGCGCCAUAACGGCAUUCAUCACUGUCUCCUAUUUCUCACUCGCACACUCAGAAUCUUGUUUUUCUUUCUUUAGUGUAAAAUCUCACUUCCAGAACUUGUUAGAUUUUUUAAAUUUACCCUAUAUACAGUGGGGAGAACAAGUAUUUGGUACACUGCCGAUUUUGCAGGUUUUCCUACUUAUAAAGCAUGUAGAGGUCUGUAAUUGUUAUCAUAGGUACACUUCAACUGUGAGAGA